GUUUGCGAUUGUUCGGAGGGCUCACAGACUGAAGUCUUAAUAAGUUUGCGAUUGUUCGAGGGCCUACCGCCCCCCGCCGCCGCCGCCGCCGCCGCCAUCGCCGCCAUCGCCAUGGAAAGCAGAGAAGAGAAUUGGAACAAGUUCGUGGUUGGGUCAGUGCCCACUUUGUUUUACAUUCCGGACUUCAUCAAUGAUACCCAACAACAAGAGCUCCUUCGUAAUGUAGUAAUUUACCAAGCUCCAAUUUCUAAAUGGAAAGCCUUGAAGAACAGGCGACUACAAAAUUGGGGAGGGGUUGUCCAUGAAAAGGGUCUUCUGGCGCAAGAUUUGCCUCCAUGGCUGAGAAGAAUUACAAACAAGAUCUUUGAGGAGUCAUGCCUGUUUCCAUCAGCAAUUAAUCAUGUGCUCAUUAAUGAAUACCUUCCUAACCAAGGCAUAAUGCCACAUCAGGAUGGGCCUGCUUAUUUUCCAGUUGUAGCAAUUGUGUCUCUUGGAUCACCUGUCGUUAUGGAUUUUACACCGCAUUCAAGUUUGCAACUGGCUAACACAUCGAUAAAGAGUGGCGAUGGAGAUGAUGACCAGUGGUUGGAUGGUCACCAUCCUUUCUCAGUGCUACUGAUGCCUGGCAGUCUACUUGUUUUCAAGGACAAGGCAUACUCAGAUUACUUGCAUGGCAUAAAAGAUACGGAGUGGCAACAAUACAACCAGGCUGUCAACGUUGUUGAAGAUCUGAAACAUGGUGGGAGUACUGGGACUGGGACAAAGGCGAAGCAACCACUGGAAAAGGAGAGAAGUGGAGGAGCUGCUGCUGGUACGCUGCAGAGGGUCGAGAAAAGAGUUUCAUUUACAUGUCGGGUUGUACCAAAGGUUUAUAAAAGCUUUUUCAAGGUCUAGAAUUUGCAAAAAAAAAAAAGAAAAAAAGAAAAGAAAA